CACAAAACACACGAGACGAAACAAAGUUUUUGUUGUGCUGCGCCGAGAUUUUCCACAAAAAUGGAUAAGGAAACCGCCGUGCUGCAACGCAAGCUCGAUUCGGAGCUGAAACACUUCAGAGAUUCCCAGAAAGAAUUCUCGAAGCUCAUGCAAACACAGCAGCAGCUCGAUGGACAAUAUCUAGAGAACAAAAGUAUUCUGGAGGAGCUUCAGAUGCUCAAACCAACCAACACGGUUUACAAGCUGUAUGGCCCGGUGCUGGUGAAACAAGAGCUGGACGAAAGCAAACAGAAUGUCGCGAAACGUAUCGAGUACAUUACGAAAGAGCUCAAACGCUGCUCGGAAAAUAUUAACCAGCUCGAGCAAAAGCAGGACAAAUACCGUGCGAAUCUUCAGAAGCUCCAGCAACAGUACCAUAGCCAGAUGGCGAAACCUUAAUGCGGUCGGCGCCUCCACCACGCUUUCAUGUCCAGGGAUUAGCAUCCGUCACGUGCUUCAUUGAACCAACGCGUCCGUUGCUAAUACCGUUGCUCCGUUGCUGCUUCUCGAUGGUCCCUGUUUGGCGAAUGUGGGUCAUGUAUUGAUUUAACUUCGAUUAAGUUUGCUACGGUAACGAUGGAAUUCCUGAGUUGCAAUUAUGUUAGUCUCAAGCGAGAUCGACAUUCGGAGACGACUAAUAAAUAAAAUGCUUCAACAAUU